UAAUUGACUUGCAGUUUUCCCCCAAAUCCCGAUCGAGAACAGAAAUCAUUGUCCUCUCUAGAGGAAUCUUUUAGAACCCUAAUUCCUCUUUUCCUGUGCAAUUAGGAAUUUUUCUUGCUCCGUUAUCUGUUUGUAUGGAUUCUUUGCUAGCAAAUUACGCCUCCUCAGAUGAUGAAGAACGUGAAGAACAACCGCCCUCGGACAAACCGGUUAAGCUGGAAACCGGAGCCGGAGUAGAGAAAGAUGCAGAAUUUCUUUCAGAAUCAUCCGCGAAACGGGGUGGGAUCUUCAGCUCUCUGCCGCCGCCUAAAUCGUCUCUUUUCAAUUCACUCCCGCCGCCCAAAUCCCAAUCUUUACCUAACCCUAAGCCCCAAGCGGAGUUUGAACAUCAAAGAGACGCUGAUGAGCACGAUGAACAAAUUGUGGAGAGUUCGAAGCCUAAAUCCUCGUCCUCUUCUUCUUUGUUCGCUUCACUUCCUCCGCCCAAAUCGUCUUCAUCAUCUUCUUCCUCUGCCUCAAAGAGGGUUGUUCAGUUUAGGCCUCCGACGAUUGCAAAGCCGUAUUCUGGUACUUUUGAUGAUGAAGAUGAGGAUGAUGAUGAAGGUGAGCAAGAAAGAGAAAGGAAGAGAUCAAAAGAAUCAAUAUCCACCUCUUCUGCAAAGUCAUUCUUGUCCAGUAUUCCGGCACCCAGGAACUCGGCUACUCUGGGCGCUUUGCCUUCUGCUUCAGGUGCGGGAAGGAGAUCUAUUCUUGAAACCGAAGCUCCAGCCUCCAGUGUAGUUAGCAAGCCAGGAAAUGAUGCAGUUGUGAAUCCCAAUGUGGGAUCCUUGCUGGAUCAGUCCAGUGAGUUGAAUUAUGGUUAUUCUAGUUGGAGUUCUGAGAGUGAAAGCCAUGCAUAUUACAGUGGUUAUGGUGCUGUUGCUGAUGAUAAUGUUGGUUUGGCCCCUGUAGGAAGCAGUAGCACCGGAAAUGAUCAGUUUCAUGAGGUUUAUGAUCAUUCUAGUAGUUUAGGUGGUGAAAGCUAUGCAUAUUACGGUGCUUAUGGUGUUGGUUCUACAGCUGUAGGUACUGUUGCUACUGCUGGAAGUGAUGCCGGUAUGAACUCUAAUGAAGGAUCCUACGAAGCUGUUGAUUAUUCGUAUGGGAAUGGGCAACAUGUAGAAUACACAAAUCAUGGUGGCAGUUAUGGUGAUUAUGGUAAUGAUGCAGAGUAUGAAAAUAAUUGGUCCAGUACUACUGCCGUGCAUGAGGUACCUGGAAUAGUUGGUAAUGCAUUGCCAUUGCCUGUAAAGAGGGGGAGGAAAGAUGUUCCACCAGAGAUAGUUGAAGUAAAACAGGAUGAGUUGAUGAAAAAUAGACCAAGGGAGGACCAGGUCAAAUUAACAGGGAUUGCGUUUGGCCCUGCGUACCAGCCCACUUCGACCAAGGGGAAGCCUUCAAAAUUGCAUAAGAGGAAGCAUCAAAUUGGCUCUUUGUAUUUCGACAUGAGACAGAAAGAAAUGGAGCUCGCUGAGAGGCGUGCUAAAGGUUACCUUACCAAAGCCCAAACACAGGCAAAAUACGGAUGGGACGAAAGUAGACUGGGCUUCACUACUUUCGGGCUCCUGUAAAAUCCCUCGUCACCUUUUGAUUUUAUGGAUGGCAAUUCUCGGCAAACUCCCAACGACGGACAAGCCAUGGCUCUCUCAUCUCGGUGAUUGUGUCUUGUGUGAUGGGACGAUGGAGACUCAUACUCACCUCUUUUUCCAAUGCCGAUAUAGUAGACGGUGUCUUUCCGAGAUUCGCAGAUUGGUCCGAUUUCCAUGGCCUAACCGAGAUUGGGCAAAUGACAUUGAUUGGGCAGCACGGAAAUGGAGGGGCAAGCAUAUUGUCAACCUUGCUUAUAGAGCACUGCUUGCUUCUUGUGUUUAUCAUAUUUGGAGGGAGAGGAACCUGAGGCGAUUCGAGCAUGAAGAAAGAACAUCGACUACUUUGGCUUUCUUGAUUGUUAACGAUGUUAAGCAGAAGAUUCUUAGCAUUAAUUUAGCUUGUUCAGUUAGCACAUGUGCCUUAUACAGACUAUGGCGUAUCCCGUGGUCUGUAACGGGAGAAACCAACUGAUAAACACUGUGUUGUACUACUAUUCUUCAGUUAAUGAAAAUUACAUUUACCCAAAAAAAAA